ACUAACUUACCUAGAUCAGCGGGAGAGGGCAAUCCAAGUUGGACUUUUAUGGGAGUGCUGCAGCCCUGGCUUCCUAUGCAUUGUACGUCAUUCCCUUUGAAUACGUUCGGAUACCGGCCGUACAGUGGUCGAAAUUCUCAACAUCAUUGAGGGUCAUUUACGAAGUCUCCGUAACGUUCACCUUGACAUGAGGGAUCUAUUGGGCGUUAAUCAAAAAGAAGGUCAAGAUUAUACUUCAUUUUGCAACACAAUUCGAGAACUGGCUGAUUACGCUAAUACCUCUCAAAUCACGGAAGAUCGCCUUAUAAUAGCCCUCUUAUUCCAGGGAAUGCGCAAUAACUUGGACAAGGCCAAACUUAUGGAGCGCAACCUGUCCACAUUUAACGAGGCUCGUAAAUUCGUUCUCGAGGCUGAGACCAUCCGUGACGGCACCCGUACUUUUACGUCCCCCCAACCUGUCAAUUCUGCGGGAUUGGGAGUCAACGCCGCCACCAAGUCUUCGUAUAAGAGGAGCGGUGGAAAGUCAGGUCAAAAAUUUGAGAAAUCUGGAUUAUCCGAGAGGUGUUCUUUUUGUGGAUCGUCCAAGAGACACACUCGUGAGGAAUGUCCGGCACUCAAGUCUACCUGCCAUGGAUGCGGGAAAACCGGUCAUUGGCAACCUGUUUGCCGCUUCAAAAAUCAGGUGAAAACACACUCUAUAAAGGUAAUACCCAAGGAAGACGAAAUCGUGGUGAGUGGAUUACAUCUGAAAGUUGCUUCCUCAUCACUGAAAGCCAGAUCAAAUCAAAUAGAAGUUCUGGUCUCUCCUAAUGGUUCACAAAAAUCAGCAAAACUUCGGUUUUGUGCCGAUACCGGGGCAGAUGUUGUGAUCAUGGGCAUUAAUCAAUUCAUAGAUUCCGAAUUAUGUCAAUUCAUACCCGUUGAAAAUCGUUUCCAUAAUUCCAAAAUUACAGGAGUGAAUGGGCGGCCAAUCAAUAUUUUUGGCACUUUCCAGACCAACCUUUCGUUAAAUGAGACUAACAUAAUCCGUGAUGUGACACUGGUUGACAGUAAGGAUAUUGAUGAUGCUUACCUGAGUUUGGAGGCCUGUCAGGGUUUCGGAAUUGUAGGUCGCAACUUCCCGAAUCCAUCAUAUCCCAUCAUUUCUAAAAUUGAGAAACAAGAGGGUGAUCAUUCGUCCGAAAUUUCACCCGCCCCUGUUUGGCCGGUGGCGGCUCGGGAUGAAUGGAUUUCUAUGUUACCUCAAGAUCCUUGCGAUGACGAUUUCCAAAGCGUGGAGUGUAAACUCAGAUCUAUUUACAGAGAGGCGUUUGAGGAGUCAUGCUUGAAGCCCAUGAGUGGCCCAAUCGUAGGAGAUCCCAUGGUUAUAACUUUGAAGGAGGGAGCUACUCCUUUCGCCAUCAACUCUGCUCGUAAUAUCCCAGUCCCUCAACAGGAGCCUGUGAGGAAAAUGCUGAAUGAUAUGGUUGCUCAGGGUAUCACAGAGCCAGUGGGUGAUUUACCAACGACGUGGUGCCACCCUCUUGUGGUAGUACCCAAGUCCGACGGAUCAUUCAGGUUAUGCGUAGAUUUGACCCGUUUAAAUACUCAAGUUGUGCACUCAAUCCAUCCAAUAAAAACUCCUACCGAGGCCAUAUCCGGAUUCCGCCCAACGGAUAAGUAUUUUGUCAAAUUGGACUUGGUAAAAGGGUAUUGGCAAAUGCCAUUGGAGAAAAAAUCUCAAGAGUUGACGACCUUUCUUACUCCUUUUGGGAAAUUUCGAUUUUUGCGUUCUCCGAUGGGUUUCAUCUCUACAGGGGAUUCUUCCUCUUAUAGAGGCGACAUGGCGAUGUCGGGUCUUGACAUCCAGAAGGUCAUUGACGACAUAGCCGCUGGCCAGCCCGAAUAUCAAGAUCUUGUGCAUUUGACCUGUGAGAUUCUUGAACGUUGUGUCCGGUAUGGAAUGACCGUUAAUGGGCGCAAGAGCGUGAUCGGUGGCUCGAAAUGUAUUGACUUUGUGGGCUACCAAAUUUCCAGGAACUCCAUUAAGGCUGAUCCGGAAAAGCUUAAUGCGAUCCGGCACUUUCCAAUGCCAGAGGAUAGACGCGACCUCCGGUCUUUCAUGGGGUUAGUCAAUCAGCUUGGUCAAUUCACUAGUCAGAUCGCUGUUUCAGCCGAGCCCCUCAGAGGACUUCUAAAGAUCAAGAAUGCAUUUCUGUGGUUGCCCGAGCAUUCUACAGAUUUCGAAAAAAUCAAGACCACUCUUACGUCCCCCCCCAAUCCUUGGGAUGUUUAGUCUUGGAGCAAAAACGGUACUCCAGACAGAUGCUUCCAAGUUAAAAGGUCUUGGUUUUGCCCUCCUGCAACUUCAUGAGGGUGAGUGGCGUCUGAUCCAGUGUGGGUCACGCUUCCUGAAAGAUACAGAGAGCAGUUUACCGUCGAAUGGAGAUGCGGAAAGGAUCAUUUUAUUCCGGAUGCUUUGUCCCGUGCUCCCAUCUCGAAUCCAGUUGACGAGGAGGACGAUGACGUCUAUGAGGAUCAAACCAAUCUAGAGAUAGCCAAGAU